AAAAAAAUUAAAUCAGACGAGAAUAAAGAGUUCACUGAAAUGUCAGAAUGGCCAAUUCUUUAAGAGGUGAAGUGUUGAAUCUGUACAAAAAUCUGCUGUACCUUGGAAGGGAGUAUCCCAAAGGAGCAGACUACUUUAGAAGCCGUUUGAAAGCAGCUUUUCUAAAAAACAAAGAUGUGAAAGAUCCUGAAAAAAUUAAGCAACUAAUUGCACGAGGAGAAUUUGUUAUAAAAGAGCUGGAGGCUUUGUACUUUCUCAGAAAAUACAGAGCUCUGAAACAGCGCUACUACAGUGACGACAAUCAAUAACCAGUGCCG